CUCUCAUCCUCCCUCCUGCUCGCUUUUCUUCAAGCUCAUUUCACAGUGAGGUCUCACAUCGUACCGAUGUACAGUGUCUCCUCUGCGAAACCACAUUGAGUUGAUGCUGCUGCUGCUCUACAGACAUGAAUAAAGCUGUAUUUCCGUCACUACUACAUCUGAACCGCAACCAUAGACCAACCUAACGGAGUAGAGAGGAAAAAAAGGGACAUUGCAUUCCACUCACGUCUUCACUUCUUCUCGUUUGCCUGAGAAGAGCAAGGAGAGCUAGAGAAAGACAGAAAUCUACAGAGGAGACAAUGCUCAAGACGGAGAGAUCCAACAAGCUUUAAACUGUUUGAUGCCCCUUUUUUUGUGGAAGCUACUGAAGUCCGUUAGGAAAAGAGUGCAUGUCUCCCUCCAGUCUUAAACCACCAGAGCACUUGUCUCUACAUCCAUCCUGGCACAGGAGAUGUAAAGUUGGAUCCCACUGAAAAAAAAAAAAUACAGAUGCAGUGAAGUGGCACCCAGCCGCAACUUCAUCAGGUUUUGGAGGAAGGAUGCUGUGGGUAACCCUGCUAAGCACAAUAGCUUUAGGGUGGACUACGCCAAUCCCCUUGCUGGAUGAGUCUGAGGAAAUAGAUGAGCCUUGCUUCGACCCUUGCUACUGUGAAGUCAAGGAGGGCAUUUUUCAUGUGCACUGCGACAGCAAAGGAUUUACAAAUGUCAGCCAGAUUUCCCAGUCAUGGACAAGGCCCUUUAAGCUUAAUUUGCAGAGGAACUCCAUGCGCAAGCUGUACUUUAACAGCUUUUUGCACCUCAACAAUGCUGUGUCACUCAAUUUGGGAAACAAUGCACUGCAGGACAUUCACGCUGGUGCAUUCAAUGGGCUGAGUAUUUUGAAAAAGCUCUUUCUACAUGAGAACAAACUGGAGGUUUUCAGAAAUGACACUUUUCUUGGACUUGAGAACCUUGAAUACCUUCAGGCAGAUUACAAUGUCAUAAAGAAAAUAGAAAGUGGUGCUUUUCGAAACCUGCACAAACUCAGAGUGCUUAUUUUGAAUGACAAUUUGAUACCCAUGCUCCCUAAUUUCUUAUUCAGGUCUGUAUCAUUAACGCACCUUGAUUUGCGUGGAAAUCGGUUAAAGACUCUUCCAUAUAAGGGGAUGCUGGAGUAUGUGGGUCGCAGUCUGAUGGAGAUUCAGCUUGAGGAAAAUCCAUGGAACUGUGUGUGUGAGAUUGUACAGCUCAAAACAUGGCUGGAGAGAAUACCAUACACAGCUUUGGUGGGUGAUAUCACUUGCGAAUAUCCAUUUCACUUUCACGGAAAGGAUCUCCGUGAGAUCAAAAGGAGUGAGCUAUGCCCCCUGCUAUCCGAAACUGAGAUAGAGGUAAAACUUGGCAUACCAAGGCUUCCUUUCAGUAAUGAGAAUAUAUGGCCCACCAAACCCUCAUCCAUGUUGUCAUCUUUCCAUAACACUGCCUCCUCAGUGGAGUACAGAGAGAGAUAUGUUAAACCAACAAAACGUCCUAGACCAACAAAAACACCUCCAACUCCACGGAGCCUUUAUCCUGGUCCAAACCAACCCCCUGUACCGGGCUAUCAAACAAGACCGCCUAUUCCAAUCAUCUGCCCGACAGGAUGUAUGUGUAAUCUACACAUCAAUGACUUGGGACUCACUGUAAAUUGCAAAGAGAAAGGAUUUCACAACAUCUCUGAGCUCUUGCCACGGCCACUAAAUGCUAGAAAACUCUAUCUAAAUGAGAAUUUAAUUCAGAAAAUAUACAGGUCAGAUUUUUGGAAUUUCUCCAGUUUGGAUUUACUCCAUUUGGGUAACAAUCGGAUAUCAUAUGUGCAAGAAGGUGCCUUCAUCAACCUGCCCAAUUUGAAAAGUUUAUAUUUGAAUGGUAAUGACAUUGAAAGGUUGACUCCAGGGAUGUUCCGUGGUUUGCAGAUGCUAAGCUACCUUUAUUUAGAGUACAAUGUUAUUCGAGAAAUUCAACCAGCUUCUUUCAGCCUGAUGACAAACUUGCAACUGGUUUUUUUGAACGACAACCUGCUGCGCACACUUCCUGUUGAUGCUUUUGCUGGCACCUCCCUGUCUAGGCUAAAUCUACGCAACAAUUAUUUCCUCUAUCUGCCUGUGAGUGGAGUGCUGGAGCACCUUGACUCCAUUGUACAGAUUGACCUGCACCAGAACCCAUGGGAAUGUUCAUGUGACAUUGUUCCACUUAAGCAGUGGAUUGAGAAACUUAGCUCUGUCAUUGUGGUCGGAGAAGUAAUUUGCAAGACUCCGGAGUUUGCUUUUGGCAACGACCUUCGCACCCUGGAACUCGAGCUUAUCUGCCCAGAAAUGAAAUUUUCUGCUGCUUCUCCUGGACUAGCUAAUGAUGCCACUUCCACCAGUGACUCUGGAUUAGGACAAGCCCCUUCCACGGGAGCCAUACCACUUUCGGUUCUCAUCCUCAGUCUUUUAAUCUUGUUUAUCUCUGCUGUCUUUGUUGCUGCUGGCCUAUUUGCUUUUGUACUAAGGAGAAGAAAGAAACUCCCAUUCAAAAAGCGACAGGAAGUGGUGGAUUUAACCGGGAUCCAGAUGCAGUGCCGGAUAUUUGAGGAACAACAAACCUCACCUGAGAAACCUGCUUCUGGCCAUGUUUAUGAUUACAUACCACACCCUGUUACUCAGAUGUGCAACAAUCCUAUUUACAAACCACGUGAAGGGGAAAUAGAUGGAGAACGGUUUUCAGAGACAAAGGAAAACAGCAGUAAUUAUCGAACUCUGUUGGAGAAAGAGAAGGAAUGGUCUAUGGCUGUAUCAAAUUCUCAACUUAACACCAUUGUCACGGUCAAUCAGUCUGGAGAUGUGCCUGGAUUUCAUGAGAAUGGUAUGGUUUGCCCCACGGUGAUUGACAGCCAGAGACAAACUCCAACCAUGGGGUUUGUAGACUGCCUUUACGGUACCGUUCCAAAAUUAAAGGACAUGCACGUUGCACAUGCACAUCCCCCAGGAAUGCAAUACCCUGACUUGCAGCAAGAUGCCAGAUUAAAAGAAACUCUACUUUUCACUGGGGGAAAGGGAUUUCCAGAACAAAAUGAAUACCUCGAGUUAAGGGCCAAACUCCAAACCAAGCCGGAUUACCUCGAAGUCUUGGAAAAAUCAUCAUAUAGGUUCUGAUGACAGAGUAAGCUCACUUCCAUAUAUAGCAACCCCCAACUGCGACCAAUACAAAAAUAUUGAAAAAAGCAUGAUUAUAUAUAUAUAUAUAUAUAUAUAUAUAUAUAUAUAUAUAUAUAUAUAUAUAUAUAUAUAUAUAUAUAUAUACAUAUAUAUAUAAUCACAAAAAAUAUUUUCCCCCAAAUUACUUUGGAGGAAAGGCCAUACUCAGAUAUUCAAUGAAGUGCCUUUUUUCAGAGUAGCCAGCAAUGUUAUGACCCUUAUUUUUAUACAGAACAGAUUUGUUUGUGCCAUGGAUGGCAUGGGGAGAGCGUGACACAGCAUUACAACCGCAUGACUGCGGGAGAAACGUCACAUCUUCACCUUUUUUUCCUCUCUCAUGCACAUUCGGAUAUUUGCCCAAAGGCCUGGCACAGUUUGUAGAAUAUUGCAGCUUGCUGCAUGCAUUCAACUGCAGUGGUGGGUACUGCUGAAAAUAACAGAUACUUCAACUUCAGUGAAGAUACUGUGCAACGCAUUACUAUUUGGUGGUCUAUUUAUUUUAUAUAUUAUCAAAACAGACAUGAGAAGUCCUCUUGCAAAGACGCACCCAAGGAUCAAUGUUUGUGAAUACAUAACAACACUCAAGAUUUUAUGGAAUUUAACGCACUUUCGUAAGACAACCAUGCUUCUGGAUAUUACCACUAACGGCUUUGUAGGAAACACUUUUAAUGUUUUCUCUCUCACACAAAGAUUUAAAAAGAAAAUGUGCAUAUAUUUAUUCUGUAAUUUCAGUGAGAAUUUAAUUGUAAAGGUAAUGUUAAAUCUAUGUAUAGUGAUUAUGCGUCUGGUAUAGCCUUCUUAAUAAAAGAAGGGGGUACAGACCCUCUUAAAUGAAAUAAAAAUGGUAUUGAUCAAUACCGUUUUGGAGAAGUACAA